AUGCCAGGCACUCGCAGAUGCCCUGAACUCCAAUCGCACCGUCAUCCGCGUCGACCUCGAGCACAACUACAUCGGAGACCAGGGUGCCAAGGCACUUGCAGAUGCCUUGCAGUCGAACUGUACGGUCACCGACAUCAACCUCGGACGCAACGAGAUCGGAGCCGAGGGCGCCAAGGCGCUCGCAGAUGCCUUCAAGUCCAACUGUACGGUCACCCACGUCAACCUCGAGGGCAACUACAUCGGAGACCAGGGUGCUAA